AACAGCAAGGACCCGCCAAGGUGGUGGCGAGACUAUCGAGUGAAACAGGACCCGUUUCGGGCCCGCAGUCACAUUUUAUCAGCGUCGCGACGCGUUGCUGCCGACGAAGUCGAAGAGGAGGACGUGGAAGGUAAAGAAGAAGAAAAAGAGGGAGAGAAAAUCCCCUCGGGACGGUAGCUUCGAGACGGAGAUCUGAAAGACUUCGAGAAUCUUUUCGGGAUCCUCUUCAGGAUGUUGGGAGUGGGAAAGCACGUGGUUCUUCGUGGUCUUCUGCCACUAGUGAUACUCGCGACCUUGAGCAAAGCGCAGUUCCGGUGUCCAGAACCUAAGGGUUUCUUCCCCGAUCUGGACCAGUGCGAUCUUUACUACUCCUGCGUGGACGGCCAGCCCGAGGAGAAACUCUGCAAGGACGGACUCGUCUUCAGGGAUGAUAAUCCCAAAAAAGAGCUCUGCGAUAUACCGGCAAAUGUACCCUGCGGCGAUCGCACGCUUUUGCAGGAGCCGCAACCUAGCAAGGGCUGUCCUCGCGCGAACGGCAUCUUCAGCCACGAGGACCCGAACGCAUGCGAUCGUUUCGUCAAUUGCAUCGAUGGAGUGGUACAGGUGGUGCCUUGCCCACCCGGACUGAUCUACGAGCCCAAGAUGUCGAGCUGCGUCUGGCCGGCAGACGCCACUCGCCUGUGUGAAAACCUGAAACGCGACGUCCUGGAUGACGGUUUUGUAUGCCCGGACGGCGACGUCGCCGGGCCAUCCGGCAGGAUUCUGCCGCAUCCUACAUACCCGCAUCCCGAGGAUUGCGCUAAAUUCUACAUCUGCAAGAAUGGUGUAGUGCCACAGAAGGGCCAGUGCGAACCCGGUACCGUGUACGACGAGGAUACCUUCAAGUGCACUGAACCGGAAUACGUGCAAGGAUGCGAGGACUACUACAAGCGUAAGAAUUGAGUUGGAGAACCGAGGGUUAAAGUUAACCGCAGCUACGUGUGUAAUACUCAUCUUUUUACUCAUAGGAACAAUAAAUGCGUGUAAUAUGCACGCUUACAUAAAA